GCAGUAACAAUGUUCGUACGUCCUCUUUCUGCCGAUGCUCAUGCCCGUCUCCUCGCGCAACCCGUCCUCAGGGUCUUGCUACCUGGCUUCCGUCGCACUUUGCACUCCGACACGCACUCACACCCGGUCGCGCUGUUGCCGAACCUCUUCAACCAUGAACUGCGCACACGCAUCUUCACUAAACUGAACCAGCUGGUCUUUAUUUUCAAAGUAGAGGCGCUACCCCUCGGUCUGCUAUCCCUUUCCCUUUUCACUCUCCCGGUUUCUCUUGCAGUACGCAUAAUUGCCAUUAAUCCGGCAGAGGGAGCUCGAUGAGGCUUCCCCAACGCCUGAUCGCUGGAGCGAAAUCAGGUGGAUAUUCU